UUGUCCAUGCCGCCACUCCCCCUCUCCAGGGGAGAAUCAGGAGGGGCCCAGAGCAGGUUUGCAUUUCAAGGGGGCAGAAACAAUCCUGCAGACUCUCUGGAGCCAGGGGCUGCAGACAUUUGCCAGACGUGUGAACUCUACUCCUAACCGACAGCUGUUCUCUCUUUUCUCUUCGUACUUUGAUGUGGAUUCACACUCGCAAACGAGCCCGCGAGGGAGGGCCCCCUAUAAAUAAAUGGAGGCCCCCACCCACCAACUUGCCCUCCCCUCCAGCGGAGCAGCGCUAGCUAAACAGAGGGAGCUGCAGGCAGCUCCUGUGAGCCCCGCUCCUUCAGCUCCCACUCGCCAUGGGUGAGGUCGCCUUCUCGGUGGACUUCCCGGCCCAGCCUGAGAGCGAGGAGCAAAGGCCAGCGGGCAGGCCUCACAUCUGCUGCGUUCCUCCUCCGCGGGCCCCCACCUCCUUCAGCAGGAGUCCCCGCCUGGCCAAAGCAAAGCCCAAAGGGGGAGCCGCGGCCGGGGGCCAGCUCCAACCCAGCAGCCUGCGCCGAGAGGAGCUGGAAGACCCCAAGCCCCAGGAGCUGCCCAACGGCCGAGCAAGUCCCGCUCCCGAGGGCGGCUGGGUGAGCGCGGACGAGUCCUCCGGGUACGAGAGCGAAAGCGCCGCCUCCUGCAUCCCCUCGUCGCCGGGGGAGGGCGAGCCCCAGCAGCGCAGGGCGCGGACCGCCUUCACCCCGGAGCAGGUCGGCAAGCUGGAGAAAACCUUCAAACGGCAGAAGUACGUGGGGGCGGCGGAGAGGAGGAAGCUGGCGGCCGCUCUUCAGCUGUCCGAGAUUCAGGUCAAAACCUGGUUCCAGAAUCGCAGGAUGAAACUUAAGAGGCAAAUACAAGACCACCAUCAUAGCUUCAUAUCUUCAGAUCCCUUCUAUGGCUAUAAACAAGGGACCCCACCAAAUAUGUUACAGGAUUAUUCCCACUAUCCUAGUCCAAUGCAACAAAGACUUCUACCUUUUACUCCUAAUUGUGCUUUACAGUUCAACUCUUCCUUUCAAAUAUAUGACUCCCAAAACCCAUCAUACGCCCUUAGGGCACAUGAUCUGCCUUUUUUCCAGCAACACUUUCUCCACAAUUCUGUCCAUCCAGUUAUACAGAACAAAAUGGACAACAAACAAUUUAAUCCUCUUCAAACAUUAUAAGCAAAGUGGAAGACAGAGAGUAUAAUAUAAUACACUAUAUAUGAUUCAACUGUACUUAAAAUGUUUGUCUGAUGUAGAAGUGUAUAUUUUUAAUAUAAAGUUUUAAAUAUUAAAUUCAUACCUAAAUUAA